AUGGCCCAUGUCGUGGACGCGGAGCCUCAAAAACGAAAGCGUGACGUCGACGACGCCGGUGGCCAUCCAGGCCGUCCUCCGCAUCCACUCCAGCCAGGCGUGCCUGGCUACAUUCACUAUCUACCGAGGUCGAACUCCUCACAUCUGAGCCUUGUCCAGGGCGAUGGCGACACAUUUGCUGACAUCAUUGGCCUUAUCGGCGAGUACGAAAAUGUUUUAGACCGGCAUGAGAGUCUCGCUGCAAGCCUCGGGGCCAAACUGACGGGCCCACGCCUGCUCAGGGGGAUUGAGAAGUUCUUUGACGGACCCAUCAAGACCACCCCUCUCCAGCACUUCUCCAACACUAUCAGCUGGCUCGAUGUUGUCACAUACGCCCGAUCCAAUCCCAAGGAGUUUUCUCUGACGCACAAGCCCGACGGCUCACGCUGGUGUCAGUUCGUCCUCAAUGGGGUACAGGUCGAGAUCACAGAGGAUGACUGGCGCCUGGUCUGGUCUGGCGCCUUAGACCGAUUCCCGCUAGAUCAGCCCCUCGAAGAAGAUGAGGCGGCAGAGCUCGCGACACUAGACAUCCUCGAGCAGAGGACAUCAAUUCUUUACAAGAAGGCCGAUGAAGUGGCAGCAAGGGCACGCAUCCUAAAUCACAGGCUCGGUCACCGAAAACAGGAUAUACAUCGAUGUCGUAGCACCCAAGAACAAACGUCGUCCAGAUUCUCGUCCGCAAACCCCAGCCACCGAGGCGCCAACUUUAACCUGGCCUACGAUCUCCACGCAGAUCUUCUCCAGCAGUUUAUCGCAGCUUCAGCCUCCCCACCACCGUCCCGGGCAGCUUCUGCGGUUGGAGGUUCGUUGGCCAACUUCGGUCCACGGUCGCCAUCUCACAACACUUCCCAUGCUUAUGCUCCUCCAAGCUCAAGUGACCGAAAUGGGACAGGAAACACUACCGAGACAACGGGACAACCUGUCGUGGACAGUCGAGCGGAGGUCUUUCGAUCAGUCAUCACGCAAAGGACAGACCAACUAGCAUGUGUGGGAUGCACGAAGAAGCAUGCCAAGUGCAGUUGGAAGACGGUCACGGAGGAAGAGAUGGAACGACUCAGGCAUGAAAUGACCAUGAAGGAUUGUGGAUAUGUGGACGUGGAAGAAGAUGGCGGAUCCGACGCCUCUGAGGUGAGGGAUGUCCGGGCGGAUCGUCUCGGAGACAGACAGGAAGCGGGUCAGAUGUCGGGCGAGGUGACACCAGGCACAGCCGGGUCGAUAGCAAAGGACGGUGGCUCGCAGCCACCAAGUCGAGAAGGGGGCCGCCUAACAACAUUGGAGCCACCUACUUCUAUACCAAUGACCAGGUUUGACCUGAGUGCCGAGAGACAUCGGCUGAGUCUGGGCGUGGGAUCGUCUGUUGGGGAGGCCGCUGAUCGGACAUCUGAAUUGCCCCAGCCAGGUCACGGCCUGCCUGUUGUCGCAACGGCGAGCACCACAACAACGACUAAUGCGCCUCGAAGUAGCGAUGUCUCGUUGAAUGCGUCACCCAGCUAGGCCAUGUGUCUGUGCUUCAAGAGAGGAUGUUGUUAGAUAAGGAGGCACAGACAGCUAGCUACGAAGAAACGUUUGUCCAUGAUCAAGUCAAGUUGUUUCAGUUGGACGUGAUUGCCUGCAUGUCCAUGACCCCUACAACUAUGGCCCUUUGGUAAGUGCAUGCAUGACGUACCGUACAGUGUAUGCCGGUGCCAUGUAGUGUAGCACGUACUACAUAUUCUCCCAAUGAAUUGGCACACUCUACAAAGGCUGGCGCAGGAAGUUUGACACCUUCAAUAGUAUCUAGACAGCCCCC